AUGGUUCCGACGUCAACAGUCAUUAGCAGUUGUAAGAACUCCACGCCGCCAGUAUCGCUAGUACCCGGGUUGGACUGGGCAGUAACACCCCCCACCCCCCAUCUUCUCACAUCCACAGGAAUUCCCUCCUUUUCCUAUGGCUGGGGAUUGUGGGCCCUCUCAGGGGCUGUGACGCUGCUGCUUCUCAUCUCACUGGCUGCACACUUGUUCCGAUGGACCAGAGGCCGGAGCAAUAGCCACCCAGGAGAGGGACAUUCUGGAGCGUCUGUGGAAGAGGUCCCCCUGUACGGGAACCUGCAUUACCUGAAGACGGGACGGCUGUCUCAAGAACCAGGUCCAGUCCAACAGGAUCCAACACCUGGAGGCCCCACCAGGGCCGCAGAGGAUGUGAUGUGCUAUACCAGCCUGCAGCUGCGGCCUCCUCAGGGCCGGAUACCGAACCCUGGAACUCCCAUCAAGUACUCAGAGGUGGUGCUGGACUCUGAGACAAAGCCCCAGACCUCAGGCCCAGAGCCGGAGCUCUACGCCUCAGUGUGUGCCCAGACCCGUAGAGCCGGGGCUUCCUUCCCAGACCAGGCCUACGCCAACAGCCAGACUGCACCCAGCUGA